AAUUAUCGAUAAGUUUCUUUCAUAAACAACGAUGGAGCGGCGCGAGGAUGUGCUUAGACAAGCACUCGACAAGAAUGCAUAUGAAACGGAGCGUUGGCUAGCCUAUAAAGCCGAUAAUGAAGUUGCCAUAGACAACUUAAAUAUGUUCGCUAAAAAUCUUUCCGUCGAGGUUAUGGUGCCAAUUGGGAAAAAGGCUUUGAUGCAGGGUGAAUUGAUACACACAAAUGAAGUGCUUGUCGGUCACUACCAAGGCUACUUUUCUGCUUGCUCGGCUUAUAAGGCGGUGGAGAUAUGUCAGCAUCGCUGGAGGCUGGCCAACGAGCACCUAAAGAAACUGCAAGUGGAGGCGGACUUGUGGCAGAAAAAUCUAGAAACACCAAUCCUGGAAGGCGCUGUGCCCAAAUCUGAUGAAAUUGAAAUAGUGGAGGAAUACAAUGAGACAGAUCAUAAUAAUUGGCUAAAAGAACACAAAGAGCGCGUGCGCAAGGAAAAGCUAGCAGAACGUGCGCAACGAGAACAAUACAAGGCAGCCGAUGCGCAUAAAGAUGUGUUCCAAAAGCUAGAGGAACGUGAACUACUAGAAGAACUGGGUCUGGAUCCAGAUAAUUUCAGUGAGCAAUCGCUCAGUGAAUUGCUUCCCAAAGAAGCACCAAAAGAUAAAACUGACUGUGAUAAAGAAAAUGUAACAACUAAGACGGAUGAAGAGAUAUUCGACAUGCUGGCCAAAUUGGAAGCUCAAGAGGCCAAUGAGACAGCGGAUGUCGAUGAAGAAAUUGAGCAAAAUGUUCAGAGCACAAAUGAAAUGGUGCGCAAUCUAAUGAGUGGACAAAUGCAGGUGACGCCUGCAAAGCAACGCUUCAGCGGAAUCAAAAAUAUUUCAAAAGAAGAGAAAGAAGAUAAAGAUGAAGAAUAUGUGGAUCAGCCUGAGCUGCACCUAAGCGGAACCAAAACAAUUUCAAAAGAAGGGGAAGAACAUAAUAAUGAAAAUGAGGAUCAUCCCGAGCAAGGUUUAAGCGGAAUGCAAAACAUUUCAAAAGAAGAGGAAGAAAAUAAUAAUGAAGAUGAUGAGGAUCAGCCUGAGGAAGUGAAGUUAAUAAGGCAAGAAAUGCAGCUAUUGCCCAUUGAGGAGCGACAGGAGUUUUUAAAUUCACAAUUACAAAUAAUCAAAGCGAAAAUGCGUAAAAUACAGAAAGCCUGCUUUGCCAGUGAUGAACUGACACAUUUAAUGAAUGUUCUUAUCUGUCUGGAGGAUGAUUUGCAGGAACUGCUGUUCGAGCAAACAGAAACAGCGAACACAGAUGAGCUGUCGGAGGAAUCCGAAUCCGUCUCUACGCUCGACAAUAAAAAGCGACGCAUCUCUUUCGCCACUGCCGACGAAGAGCUGCUUUUCAAAAAGGAAGAAACCGUUGCCGAAAUGUUGACCAAUGGCAAACAACGCCAACAAAGAGAAAUUAUUAAACUGGAUGCUUCAUUAGUGCCGCCAAAGCAGACAGUGGAGCUAAAGCUGGACACAGAGAAGCAUUCAAAUUCACAAAUUAUGCAAAAAGUUGAAGAGAAUUUGGAGUUUGUACAGCAGAACCAAAGUGUACAGGAUUUCGAUUUGGUAAAUCAAAUACUAGAAGCAUCAACGGGAAGAAUUAAUACCCUACACAUAAGCUUUACUCAUUCCGACGCGCUGCCAGCUGCUCCAACUGAAACUGAUGAUACUGAAACGCCUGGCACGCCAGCCCAGUUGUAUGAGCUCUACAAAAAAGCACAGGAGAAGUACUCCUUUCCGAUUUUUGUGAACGGCUUUGAGGGUGAGGAGGAGCUUAAGGUGCCCAUCAUCAAGGAGGAGGACCGAGCAAGUGCCUAUGCUGACCCACGCAAGCAGUUCAACAAUCCAUCGGCCGAGUCCAGCAUUAGCACAGAUGCCACAUCAGGACACAUGGAAACGAAAUCUAUAUUGCGCAACAAAUCAGCUGUGGAGCGCGAAGACCAUGCUGUAACCGACAAGCCCAUGCAGAACAACAACAGCAACAAAUCCAAAAAGAAUAAGUCUCGCAAGGCCAAGAAGGAGAGAACCAUCGAUGAUGAUCUGCGAGACAUGAGUGCCUAUCAGAAGGUCAUGCAUGAUUUGAUUGAGAAGGAGCCAACGCUGGCACCGGAGCCAUUGCCCAAGGGCAAAUUUAUAGAUGCACAUACGCCCAAAAAGCGCAUUAGCCGCUUUAAAGAGCAACGCUCCAUGAAUAAAACAUAGUUUUAUAAAUGUGGGUGAGAUAUGUACAUUUAUUUAUUUUGCGUGAAUAAACAAUACGAUAUUAUGAAUUUA